CCUUCUCUAUAUAAAUCGGCCAUUUCAAUUGAACCGGCGUAGAGCAAAAGGUUUCGGAACCCCAAGCGGAGUUUUUGUUAACAAUGAGUGACGCUGUUGUUUCAUUCCUCAAGGAUUUCUUAGCCGGUGGUGUCGCCGCUGCUAUAUCCAAGACUGCCGUAGCGCCAAUCGAGAGGGUCAAGCUUCUCUUACAGGUACAGCAUGCAAGCAAACAGAUUGCUGUCGAUAAGCAGUACAAAGGUAUCGUUGACUGUGUCAUCCGUAUCCCCAAAGAACAAGGCUUCCUGUCGUUCUGGCGGGGUAACCUGGCCAAUGUCAUCAGGUACUUCCCCACUCAAGCUCUAAACUUUGCUUUCAAAGACAAGUACAAGAAGGUCUUCCUUGGAGGUGUAGAUAAGCACACCCAGUUCUGGAGAUACUUUGCUGGUAACCUGGCAUCAGGUGGUGCAGCAGGAGCGACCUCUCUCUGCUUUGUCUACCCUCUUGAUUUCGCCCGAACCCGGUUGGCUGCCGAUGUGGGGAAAGCCGGAGCAUCAAGGGAGUUUAAUGGGCUUGGAGACUGCUUGGUCAAAAUCUUCAAGUCCGAUGGGCUCAAGGGACUGUACCAAGGAUUCAACGUCUCGGUCCAAGGCAUCAUUAUCUACAGGGCCGCCUACUUCGGCAUUUAUGACACUGCUAAAGGUAUGCUGCCAGAUCCCAAGAACACCCAUAUUGUUGUAAGCUGGAUGAUUGCUCAGACUGUCACGGCUGUUGCUGGCCUCACUUCAUAUCCAUUUGAUACUGUGCGGCGGCGCAUGAUGAUGCAGUCGGGGCGUAAAGGAGCGGAUAUCAUGUACACUGGCACCAUUGACUGUUGGAGGAAGAUUGCUCGUGAUGAGGGGGGCAAGGCAUUCUUCAAGGGAGCAUGGUCCAAUGUUCUCCGAGGCAUGGGUGGUGCUUUUGUACUGGUCAUAUAUGAUGAGCUGAAGAAAGUAAUUUAAAUGUGUCAGUAUUAUAACAUGAGGUUUUUUAUGUAACAUAUCUUGUACAUUUUUAAAGGACUGUCAAAAUUAUUUAUCUGGACCAACUAGCAUUACUAGUUGAGCAUAGGAGGAAACAAUUAUUCUUUGUCCUGUUUGUUUUUAAAAGGUUUUAUUUUUGCACUAUCAUUCCCAUAUUUAAAAGAAAAAAAAUGGAACCAAGAGCUCUACAUUUCCAUCAAGCUGGACUGUUUCUACCCAUAACUUUAAUAAAAGUUAAACAAUGACAAACA